AUGGCAGCAGUCAAGAACAGGCGCUGGGAGUGUAUCGUGCUGCUGGUUCCGCGCGCGCUGAAGUACAACUUCUCCACUGGAUUGCUGCAAGAUGGCAUGAUGGAGUUUGUUGUGUCUGGUGAUCUGGACAUGGUGGACACACUGGUCUCCACACACAACAUCCCCGGCAGUUGCAAGCUGUUGUGCAGCGCUUUACUUCGUGCGCCAAAAGAGAAAGCGCCCUUGAUGAUGCAGACCUUGGCGGAGAAGACUGCAAGCUUAAACGUUCUUUCUACCCUCUCAGCAGAGGCGAAUGCAAUAGGCUGGGAGGACUUCACUCCAAUCCAUGCUGCAUGCAUGACAACUCAAGUGGACUCCGUGCAUAAUUUUGUGGAGUUCAUCAUCGGCAGAGGAGCUGACCUCUCAUUGUGGGGUAAGCGCUUGAGUCUAAAGACGUCUUUUGCCAAGCGUCUGCCCCUGCAUUAUGCAGCCGAGAACAAGAACAUGAAAACUGACACUGUGAUGAUGGUUGCCAGGGCCUAUCCGCAGGCACUGUUUGAGCCUGUCAACCGGGUGCCAGGCCGUGAUUUGCCAUGCCAAUGCUGCAAACAUAAUCCAGAAACACAGCUGGCUCUGGAGAAGUUCAUGUACGAGUACAUUUGCGAAGCCUGCGACGGGAUGAAGGCCGAGAAGGCAGCGGAUUUCUUCCGACUGAUGCGACUGGCCAUCGAGUUCGAAGGUGUGAGAACAAUUCCAGCGGAAGAUCUGCCAAGAGGGAAGCUGUUGCUUUCGCUGAAGCGAAUCCGCGCGUCCAGCUUGGUCGUGAGGUGUGCAUCCCUGAAAGAUAUGCAGGGCGAUGCAGGGCUGGAUUGUGUGUGUGAUGCGGCGGCUGGCUUUCAGAAUAUGGGGGUAAGCAGGGCUGACAAAGGGGCAGACUGCAGCGAGCUCCUCAGCGCCCAGGAGCUUGAGAAGCUGCUCUCCCAGCAGAUAUCAGCACGGCUGCAGUGGGCUGCCGAGGCCUGUGCUUCCGGAGAAGAAACGGUGGCGGAGGGCCUAACAACCUCUGAUGCUGUACGAUACGCCCUCUUCGUUGCAGCGGGGCUCAUUUCAGCAGCAAAGAACCAGACUGGAGGGGCAGAGGCUGAAGAAGAGCAUGCAUCAGGGGCAGCUCGCUUGGCGUCAGUAGCCCUGGGUGCGGUGGACACGAAUCUGGAAACUCUGGUGGCCUGGUAUUGCCAGGAGCUUCAGCUGCCCUCAGAGUGGAGACUCCUGGACUUGUUGAAGCAGGGCCUAGCCGGUGGCGGUGGAGGUGUGAGCGACAUUGUCUUUUCUGCAGGGGACAUUGUCAUCAAGAAGACCCUUCAACCAGACCACCCUCAGUUCAAGUGGCUGCAAGGCCUCUUUGAGCAAACCUUCCUGGGAAUCUACACACGAGAUCGCAAGGGUGAGGACGUUCCGAAAUCGUUAGAAGUCCGUGAGGUGGAGCAAGUUUACAACUGUGGGAGCUGGGGGGAGUAUGCCCGCCGACGGCAACAAGUCUUGCAGGAGAUGAGCAAGGGAGGUGCCUCUUGGGUGGGCGAGUUGAAGACGGACAAGUGCACACAGGGCGAACAGCCCAAUUGGCACUUGACAGGGGCGGAACUAGGUGCCAAUGAACACUGGUUAUAUCAUGGCACGUCGUUGGCCGGCGAAGCGGGAAUUACAGAAGGCGAUUUUCGUUUGAAUCUUGCGGGCAGCAAUGCUGGAACGCUGUAUGGUAAUGGUGUGUAUCUGGCGGAGGCUGUGUCCAAGAGCGAUGAAUACACCACGCCACAGCCAAGUGGCCUGCGCAGUAUGCUGAUUUGCUUGAGCACCCUUGGUAGAGUGAAUUACAACGAUCAGAAGCGCCCUGAUGGCGAUGAGCUGGCGGCGUCGUGCAAGGGUGGGGGCUUCCAUAGCAUCCUUGGUGACAGGGAAAAAAUCCGCGGUACGUACCGUGAGAUUGUCGUAUUUGACGAAGACCAGGUGUACCCGGCGUACAUUUGUCGCUACCAGCGCGUAACGUGA